AAUCAUCCGCUCUGCUUUACGGCAGAUAAUAGGCCAGUGUGGAGUGAAUUGAGUAAUGGCAGGAACAGACACGAGAUAGUCCGCGAACUUCCCGUUAUUUUUACAUUUAUCGGGUACCAGCAGCCGGACGCACGUCUGUGUUUGUCGUCGUUCGCUGUGAGAGGCUGAUUCCGACCCCGUUUUUCUGUCAUCAUAGUAACUGUAUGCAGUGGAAUGGCUGAAGUGCCGCCUGGGCCUAAUGCACUGCCUUCAUCCCCGAGCGAGAUCUCACCACUGCCCGCGGACGGGUGCACCUUACUGGGCACCGAUGAGGGACGGGACAUCAUCAUCAGCCCCGGCCCGGGACACCAGCACGCCAGCGACCACAAGGCGAUAAUCAAAUCCAACCAGAACAACGUGCAUCCUAACGCAUCAGCCGCCCAGUUCCACACAGCCCAGCUGAACGGGGUCCAGUGCAACCACACUCACCUCCAGAACCACGUCCAACAACACCGGCCGUCCGACAAUCAAAACGCCGCUUCCGAUCACCGCUUGGGCGGCACCGGCGACACACUGAGCGACCACACGGAAAACAACAAUUUCACGAGAAAUAAACGAUGCGGUGAUCUAUCGCAGAGCCAGUCGCCACCGAACAACGGGAUAAACUGCACUGACAGCAUGGCGAUAACGGAGAGCAGCUCGUGUCGACUGGAGAACGAUGUAAGUAGCAGGACUGGUUCGGGGGAUCGGGCUCGAGCGGCUGCGGCAGCGGCAGCGCUGAUGGACGGGGCUGAGUCAGGCCCAGGCCCGCAGCGCGCUCGAGUAGAACACGCUGCGGCUGACAGCGCUCCGGCGGCGGGGAUGUCCAGGCUAACGCUGGAGGAGCACGACGACUCCAUCCGAUACGUGAGAUACGAGUCUGAGCUCCAGAUGCCCGAUAUUAUCCGACUCAUCACUAAAGACUUAUCCGAGCCCUACUCCAUAUACACCUAUAGGUACUUCAUUCACAACUGGCCUCAGCUCUGCUUUCUGGCGAUGGUUGAGAAGGACUGUGUCGGUGCCAUUGUGUGUAAGCUAGACAUGCAUAAGAAGAUGUUCCGUCGCGGAUACAUCGCCAUGCUCGCUGUGGACUCCAAAUUUCGCAGGAAAGGCAUCGGCACCAACCUUGUGAAAAAGGCCAUUUAUGCCAUGGUGGAGGGGGAUUGUGAUGAGGUGGUGCUAGAGACGGAAAUCACCAACAAAUCAGCCCUGAAACUCUAUGAGAACCUGGGCUUUGUCAGGGACAAGCGGCUGUUUAGAUAUUAUUUAAACGGAGUGGACGCACUUCGGCUCAAACUCUGGCUUCGCUAAAUCAAACUACGGGGUCCCUCAACUCUUUCUCCAUCCCUCUGGCCUACACUUCCUCUGCCCCAGUCCUCCAGCUCAGAUCACAUGACUUCCCAUCAAUAGAAAGACACUCGACCUCUGCCGAGCCACAAAGGGCAAACUCUGAGGGAAAAUUCAACCAAUCAUAAUAAAGUGUUUUAAGAAGUUUUUGUGCGAAAGAAAGAGAGGUUAUUGCAAAGAAAAAAAAAAAAAAUUGUUGGGUACUAAUAUGACACUGACACCGAAAAGGAAAAGGUGGUGGCCUCUAUGCUCAGGUGUCAAUAGCGUGACUCAAGAGCUCCGUGUAUUUGUGUCAGGUGUUGGAGAUGAGCUGGGCCGAACACGGUGACUGCAUCGACGAAAUAUAUCAUGCCGAAAGCAAACAGUGCGCCACACCUCUGUUUUUUUUGUUUUUUUUUUUUACGAGCAAUCACAAACUGAAGGAUGGAAAUGUGUUUAAGCCGACUCAACUACUCAAAUUUUUGUUUUACCAUUUUUUUUUUUCUUAAAAGAGGGUGCACGGGAGCAUUGCAGGUUGCAAUUGUUUUGUAGCCUGCUGCUUUUGCGUUUUUUUUUAUUUUUUAUUUUUAUUUUUUUCUCGUACGGGGGUCUGUGGUUUAUUUUAUGUGUUUCAUUUUAUGUUUUGGAAAACACUGAUUUAGAGCUUUGUCCACUUAAGAAGUUUGAACUAUAACAAACUAACAUACACAGAUUCAGAAACACUUGAACCUGAUUGCUGCGAAGCAGUGCAGAUGGCACCUCUGCUCUUUUAAGUUGGUCUUAUUAGCUCACAUUAUGCCAUAUUGGUUUAUGUGACUUGUGAUUCUGACACAAAUGUCGUUAUCUUGAUGCUUCUUCAUGAGUGUUUUGUACAACUAAAUUAGUUACUAAAUGGGCAUAAAAGAAGAGUAUUCCCUGUUUUUUUCCCCCAGAGUCAUCAUCAUAGAUUCUCCCUUUCCAUGUCUGAGACAGUGUUUGGAUAUUCAGAUGUGCUGACCUAGACAAAUGAACCUCAAAUGGACGCACUUCUCAUUUUUGCACUGAUUAGAUGGGGUGUAAUCCCCUUGUCCGCUACUGUGUUAGUGGACCAGUAGGGGGCAGAAUACAGAUCUCACCAGCUCAGUUGCGCCAAUGGACUCAUGCAAAUAGUUGCUUUAAAGUCAUGAAACAGAUUGAUUAAUAUGCAAGAUGACAUUGUUUAGAGGUGUUUUAAAAUUUAACGGAGGAAGUUUCCGGAGGUUAGCGAUUUUAUGGGUUUGUGUUUAACAACCAUGUUUUAUGUAAAUGUUUCUAUGUCAUUGCCAAUAGACCCCCAUUUUGCUUUGCUGCUGGCUCACGAGUUGUUCUUGGAAGAAAACCUUUUUUUGUUUUUUCGAGUUUGGAGUGGGAAACAAGUUUUUUGAUUUGCUAAAUGUACAUAUGGAAGUUUGAUUUGUCGUUUUUGAUCGUCAUUGGAAAAGUUCCCCAUAGAGCUGCUGCUCUCAGUUGUUGAGAAUAUGGAUGGGUUGCUUUAUAAAUUUGCGCUUAAAAACAGAUAUUUGCCGAUGGAUUUAUGGGAAGAGGAAUUUAUGCAUCUUUUUUCAGUUUGGUUUUUUAGGCCCAAAUGGUAGUACAUCUCCCAGAAAUGUAAUGUCCCAUCAAUCCCCUUUGACACAUCAGACUGUGUGCUGUCUGUCAGUAAGGCUCAGGUGUUUGGUUUGUGUUCAAGUCUCCUUUCACUUGUCAGGGGCUCCUUUCAAGGUCCCAGUGGUUAUUAACAGCCAACUUGUCUUUGUAAGGACUUUAUUCCUUUUGAUUUGUGGACAGUCGAUGUAAAAAUGGAAAUUUGAAAGCCUUCGAGUAGUUUUCAUCUGAACAGACCAUCUACACAGUCAGUCUUUAGAUUGCAGAUGUAAAUUUAGUCUGAAAUCAAGGGAUAGUUUAGAUUCACAUCAUUUACUCACCCUCAUAUUGUUCCAAACCUGUGCAUUUUUGUUUUCUGUAGAAGAUAUUUUGAUGAAUCAGGUUUUUUCUGUCCGUAGAGUUGAGUCGCUUGGGUUCUAAACAACAUUUGAUCCCACUGACUUUUAUUGUAUGGACAAAAGCAGUUGAAAUGUCCUUCAAAAUAGGUUCUUUAAUGUUCUGCUAAAAGAAUAAAGUCAUACAGGUUCAGAACUACAUUAGGGUGAGUAAAUUAUGGCAGUUUUCUUUUUUGGUGAACUAUCCUGUUAAUAAAAUUCAAAACCUUUCACAAGGUGCCAACCUUGACAGACAAUAAUGCAUUUCUGGCUGUCGAUCCUCACCAUUCAAUGCUUGGAUGAAUAAUUAUUGUUUAAAAUUGUGGUUGGCACGAUGAUGUUUUUUUGCACUGCCAAUAUCGGACUUUUAUUGAUUAUAUUACUGUAAGCUGUCCAUCAAAUGUUAUGGCCAUUUAACAGCUUUAGACCGAACAGCUGGCAGGUUCUAGCUGGGUAAGAUCUCCUAUUUAGAUGAUGUGGACACUAAUCUGACUGGCUUCUGGCUCCACAAACAUGGAUCCAUUUUGUUUGGGAAAGAGCGACUGUUUGCAUGUUGAUUAAAAUUUUCUCCACCCUUCUUUCUCCCACUUUCACCCUUGACAAAAUGUCUUGCAAAGGUUUCUUUGUUUUCAAGUGGAUAACAGACCUGGUUUAAAAAUUAUAAAUAAAUUAUUUGAUUUUUAAGCAAA